AUGUCAAAAGUACAAUCGUCUGUUCGUAAAUAUGUAGCGGAAUUUGGAGAAAAUAUUUUUGCAUCUGACGGGGGAAUUCUUUUUUGUAAAGUAUGUGAGAUUAAAGUCAAUAGUGUAAAGCACUUUACUGUCACACAACAUCUGAAAACAGAUAAACACAUCCGAGCUGUUAAUAGAAAAAUUGAAAAUAAAUCAAAAUCUCAGCAAUUAUUGCCCAAUAUACCGGAAAAAUCCAUGUUCGCAAAAGAUUUAUGCAACACAUUUCUCCUAGCAAAUAUCCCUUUGGAAAAAUUGGAAAAUAAACAUGUUCGUUUGUUUCUUGAAAAAUAUACUAGUAAAGAUAUACCUUCGGUUUCAUUAUUAAGAAAAAAAUAUGUCAAUGAAUGUUAUGAAGACACAAUGAACAACAUACGAAAUCAAUUGGGAGGUAGAUUUCUGAAGGAGUUAGUCCAUAGACGAUUGACACAGGAUUUGAGAAUGGGACAGAAGUCCGACCAAGGAAUCAAAUUACUAGCUGGAAAUUGA